AUUUAACAGCUGAUGAGAUUACUACAGAGAACAGAUAGUUGAAAAGUUUUUCUCUGAAAUUAAAUUAAAAAAAUAAAAGAAUUUUAUGCAAUUGUUUUUUUAAAAGCUACAAGUUGGUGCAAUUUAUAAAGCUGGAUAAAAGGAAGAUGAGUGGUACACGUUUCGCCCGAACAGGGCGAUGCAGAUACCUUGUGUGUGUUUGCAUAUUGGUCCUUAUGGUUGGAAUGGUGGCCAUCUUUCACAGCUCCCAGAUACAAUUGGAUGAAUCAAGAGAAGAGCGCCUGCGAUGUGAGAAGCAGCAGGAAGCCCUAAAUGAACGGCUUACAACCUUGGUCGAACAAAAGAUUCAUUUGGAAAAGAAUCAGGAGCGCGAACGUACCGAAUUUCUGGAAACCAAGCGUAAUCUUGAACAAAAAAUAAAAAACCUUGACGAAAAAUAUCAGAAAGAACAGGUGGAGGCACAAAUGAAUUAUGAGAAAUUGGAGCAAGCCCACAAAUUGUUGCAAAGCAAACACAAGGAUUUAAAAGAGGCAAAUAUAAAAUCGAACCGGCAAAAUUUGGAUAACAUUAAUGGCUUGGAAAGCAAAGUACAAUCACUAAAGUCCGAAUUGAAAAAAGAGAAAUCCAAUAAAUCUGGAGAAGUUUAUUUGUGGAAGGAAAAAUAUGAUGCUGCAGAACGAGAAAAAUCACGAUUAGAAGAAUUGAUCUCAACCAAAGAUACACAUCAACAGUUGGAACGCGUAAAAGUGUUGGAGCAACAACUAAAACAAUACGAAUCGCAGUGCGAUUUGAAAUCAAAGGAAAUGCAAAGGAAUCCCGUUGUUCCCAAACCCAAUAUUUCCGAUAAUAACAAUCCCAGUACAAGCCAAAAAACGUUUAAUCUACAGGAGCCAGUGAGUGAUGGCGUUUACCGUAUAACGGUAAACACAACUAAUAAUAGUAGAACUAAUAAUAUGGGUGAAGGUGGUGGUGGUGGUGGUACACAUCAGGAGAUAACACCCAUUAAUCCAGUGGAUUUUGAAGAGAACAAAAAAAUAACCGCAACUACUAAACAAGAUAUAGAAUUAACAAAUACUAAUGCAAUGUUUAAGCCCUUGAUAACAAAACAUUAUAAUGGUAGUUUAAUUCUAAAUUCCGUUGAAAAUUUUCAGAUUGUACCCAAACCAGUUAAAAGAAUUCCUGAAGAAGAGGAAGCAGCAAAUGUAGUUCAAAAACCUGCUGUGGAAGAAAAUAAAAAUCAAGUGGCACCUCUGGGAGCCCCGAAGCACAAAACUUCUUCGCCUGCAACAAAGUCCGAACCCCAAAUGGUUGCUGCAGCAGCUUCAAAUGCCACUUCAGCUAAUGCUCGCAAUGGUGCAGGCAAAAGCAGCAGCAGCAGCAGCACAAGCAAUUCACCACCUUUAGCUUUGCCUCCAAAUCAGAAAAAACUGCCCGAAAAUGUGGCCCCUUAUCCGGAAAACUUUGAAGAUUUAUUACAGAAAACCAACAAUGAACAGUCUAAAAACGAUGAUGCCGGCGAUUUGAACCAGCCAAAAGCUUCAGCAUUAAAGGCUCCACCAAAUAAUAAUUUUGAUUUUGGAGCCCAUGAGGUUAAUGACAACAUUAACGAUGACUCCAAUCUACCCCAUGAUGAAGAUAACAAUUUCUUUGAUGCCGACAAUGAUGCGGCAAAGCAUCCCAAGGAUAAUGUAAAUAAUGAUGAUGAUGAAGCUGGCCUCUUGGCCGGCGAUAACGAAGUUGAGGGCGGUGCUGCAGCUGGAGAUAUUGCUGUGAAGCAUAAUCAACAAUUAUUGGAGAAUCUAAAAAAUGAAGUAGCCGAGGAUCAAGGCAAAGAAUUUGCAGAUGGCUUGCGUUUAGAUGAAGGCGAAGGUGGUGCUUUAGAAGAAGACGAUGAUGAUGAUUACUCGAAUCCAUCGGCCCGCAAAAAAGCUGACAAAGCUAUACGGCAUUAGAAUAUAUGCACCUACACACACAUACACACACAACUUGUAACAACAAUUUGGAAAACUAUUAUCGAAUAUAAUUUAUAUUUUAAGUAUAGGCUUAUAUCUAGUAUUAAGAUAUUAUUCAUUUGCCCUUCUCAUCGAAUGUAUUUACUGUGUGAUUUUUUUAAUUUCAUAUUUACAUACUUUUAAGACUUAUGACGCUAGCAUUUAUGGCUACGUUCCCCAGCAGUGACAGCAAAUCAUUCAUAACACACUGGUCUUGGACUUACUCUUACAUUUAAUGCACCCAAAAAAUUAGUAGUUUUUGCGAACACGUGAGUCAACACCAUAGUAGCUUGGAACUCACUUCAAAUCAACUGAUCUCCAAGAAUAUGGCACACCAAAAUAUAUACAAAGGAUCCUUUUUCCUGCGAAGAGAGGAAAGAGCCGCUCCAGUGAAAGGUUUUACUUAAGCCUCACAUGUGAAAUCAAGAACAAACCACAACAUCCAUACAUAGUAAAUUACCAUAUGGGAAAACAGUAGUGGCUUUAAUCAAGUUCCUUGAGUUGUUUUUUUAAUUUAUAACAACAAUAGGCUGUUGGUUGCUGCAACAAAUUUGAAGGGUUUGAAUAAUGUAUGAUAUAUAGCUUAGCUCUCUACCAUGCCGAUUGCAUCGUAUGAUGUAAUCCAUCACAUGUUUCUUGGGCUUACUACACAGAAGCCCUAAUUGAAUAACCAUUUUUACUUUAGUUGUCAAAAUUAUUUUUGCAUUUUUCGAAUUUACUUCAUUACUUUUCGGUAUUAUCUAUACAAUCAUUGCCAUUUGUUUAGGAUUUGAGGGACUAUAUUAUAUCCGAUUCAGCAAAGAUUGCUAUUGCUUCUAUUACUGUGAUAAUGCUAAUGUGCAACAAAGUACUUUUGUAAAGGACUCUUCAUUGUUGUAAGAGAAUUCCGUAUAAAUUUGGCCUUGGAACAAACACAAUGUAACUUUCAAAUGUCUUGCAAAAUUAUUAUUUAAAAUAAAAACAAAAUCCUCUCUACAAGACAUGUCUUAUGUAGGCAUGCAUGUAUAUUAAAUUAAGAUAUUUUAAUUUUUUUCACACCAUCGUUCUUAUUUUUUUUUUCAUAUGUAAUUUUAUUGAAAUCUAAUUAAAAGAAAACUUAAAUAAAUUUAUAAAAAAAUAA